GUGCUGCAAUCCGUCACUGUGAUGAGGAGCAAAGCUGGAUGGAGCCAGACCUCUUUAACUGCACCUCCCCUCCCUUCAUGGAGGUGGCUGCUGUGCUGGACAGUCUGGAGCGUAACGAGACGGAGCUGAGCACCAUCGAGAUGAAGAAGCUGGCGCACCAGCUGAGGGACGUGGCGGAGGGGGUGGGGCACUACUUCGGGAGCGACCUGCAGAUAGUAGAGCGACUGCUGACCCUCCUGCUGAGCUUUGAAUGCAAACAGAGCGGCUUCGGACUGACAGCCACACAGGACGCACACUUCAACGAGAACCUGCUCCGUGCCAGCAGUGCUGCUCUGGGCGCGGGCAAUGCGGCGCUGUGGCGUCCUCUGGGCGUGCUGCGGCUCAUGGACCGGCUGCAGGAGUACGCUGGCACGCUGGCGCAGAACAUGAAGCAGACCUAUCUGAACCCCGUGGGUAUUGUGACCCCCAACAUCGUGCUGACUCUGGACCGGCUACAGAACCACACUCACAUCCGCCGGAGAUUCCCGCGCUACCACAGCAGCCUGUUCCGUGGACAGAGCCUCUGGGACCCCCACACUCACGUGGUGCUGCCCCCCUCUGCCCUCGGAGAGAGGGAAAGACGCAG